AUCCUAACCAAAACCAUUUGCUUGAUUUAAUUAAGUCAAUACUACAUUUAUGAACAUGAAGAAAAAAAACACAAAAAAGAAAAUGAGAAAAAAUAACCGUUGAGAGAGAAAGAGAAACAUUUGUUGUUAAGCAGCCACCUGUCAUGCUCAGUUUCCCAUGGGAUUCUCUCUCUCUCUCUCUCUCUGUCACUCCUUCUUCUCUCUCUCAAACAAAACAGAGACACUAUUCUCAGAACAAAACAAAAACAUAAACAAAAACACAUUCACCAAUUGAAUCAAAUCUUAAUCAACAACAACAACAACAUUAACAACACUCUCUUCACUACACUCAUCAAUGUCUCAUCUUUCUCUCUCCUAUCUAUUCUUCUUCUUCUUCAUAGCUUUUUCAUUUUUCACCUUUUCUAUAAUCGCUUCCACCGAAUUCGACUUCGGAACAUUAACUCUCACAAGUCUCAAACUUCUCGGCGAUGCCCAUUUAAACAAUGGCACCGUAACACUCACACGUGACCUCACCGUUCCAUUUUCCGGCGCCGGACAAGCUCUUUAUUCCCGUCCUAUCAAAUUCCGGCAACCGGGUACCACCAUUCCGGCGAGCUUCACCACUUUUUUCUCUUUCUCUGUUACCAAUUUGAACCCUUCUUCCAUCGGCGGUGGUCUUGCUUUUGUAAUUUGCCCCGACGCCGAUUCUCUUGGUGACGCCGGUGGUUAUCUUGGUCUUGCCGCCGAUGGGUUUGUUGCCGUUGAAUUUGAUACUUUAAUGGACGUUGAAUUUAAAGAUAUUAAUGGGAAUCAUGUUGGGGUUGAUCUUAAUAGUGUUGUUUCGAGUAAAGUUGGUGACUUGGAUUCAAUUGGGGUUGAUCUUAAAAGUGGUGAUUCAGUUAAUGCUUGGAUUGAAUUUGAUGGAUCCAAUAAUGGGUUUAAUGUUUGGGUUUCUUAUUCUAAUCUUAAACCUAAAGAUCCAAUUUUGUCAAUGAAUCUUGAUAUGGGUCAGUAUUUGAAUGAUUUUAUGUAUGUUGGGUUUUCUGGUUCAACUCAAGGGAGUACAGAGAUUCAUAGAGUUGAAUGGUGGAGUUUUAGUUCAUCUUUUGUUUCGGGUUCGGGUUAUUCGUCCGGUUUACCGCCUCCUCCGGCAGUUAGUUUGAUGAAUACGACGGCAAAUUCAGCGAGGCCACCACCUCCUUCUAUGGCUCCUUCAAUGAAUUCUACAAAUGAAGAAAGAAAAGAGAGUAAGAAGAGUUGUCAUAAUGGGUUGUGUAAGCAAGGUUUAGGAGCUGUUGCUGGUGUUGUUACUGCUGGUGCUUUUGUUUUAGCACUUUUUGCAGGGUCUAUGAUUUGGUUGUACUCUAAGAAAGUGAAGCGUGUGAAUAGAUUUGAUUCUCUUGGAUCAGAGAUUAUUAAAAUGCCUAAGCAGUUUAGUUACAAGGAGCUUAAAUCUGCUACUAAGUGUUUCAAUGCUAAUAGGAUUAUUGGUCAUGGUGCAUUUGGGACUGUGUAUAAGGGAAUUUUGACUGAGAAUGGUGACAUUGUUGCUGUGAAGAGGUGUAGUCAUAGUAGUCAAGGAAAGAAUGAGUUUUUAUCUGAGUUGUCGAUAAUUGGUAGCCUUAGACACCGGAAUCUUGUUAGACUUCAAGGAUGGUGUCAUGAGAAAGGUGAGAUUUUGUUGGUGUAUGAUUUGAUGCCUAACGGUAGUUUGGAUAAGGCUUUGUUCGAGGCUAGAACGCCUCUUCCUUGGUCUCACCGUCGCAAGAUUUUGUUAGGUGUUGCAUCUGCUUUGGCUUACUUGCAUCAAGAGUGUGAAAAUCAGGUAAUUCAUAGAGACAUUAAGACCAGUAACAUAAUGUUAGAUGAAGGUUUUAAUGCGCGUUUGGGAGAUUUUGGAUUAGCAAGACAAACUGAGCAUGACAAGUCUCCGGAUGCCACCGUGGCUGCUGGAACAAUGGGAUAUCUAGCACCUGAGUAUCUCCUCACAGGUAAAGCCACUGAGAAAACCGACGUGUUCAGCUAUGGUGCUGUGGUUCUUGAGGUGGCAAGUGGGAGGAGACCUAUAGAGAGAGAUGCUGCCGGUGUUGGCAAAGUUGGUAUGAGUAGCAAUUUGGUGGAAUGGGUUUGGAGUUUGCACCGUGAAGGAAGGUUGUUAAUGGCGGCAGAUCCAAGGCUCGAGGGUGAGUUCGAUGAAGGGGAGAUGAGAAGGGUACUCUUGGUUGGGCUAGCUUGCUCACAACCUGAUCCAUUGGCUAGACCAACAAUGAGAGGCGUGGUUCAGAUGCUAGGGGGUGAAACGGAAGUGCCUAUUGUCCCAAGAACGAAGCCUUCUACGGGUCUCAGUACUUCACACUCUCACCUCUUACUGAGCUUGCAAGAUAGUGUAUCUGACUGUGAUGAUGGUAUAAUCACCAUUUCUACCUCCACAUCAGAGAACAGCUUCAAUGGUGGAGAUAUAGUCUGAUGGAAAUCUUUCAGUUGAACAAGGCCAUUUUUAAUUAUUGACUCAUAGUGUAAAUAGAGAUAGAAAUAUAUAUGUAUUCAUUUGUUCAUGUAUGUAAACUAAAUGACAAUAACAUGCAAUUAAGGACCUUGAGAAAGAAAUUUUCGGGUUUAUUAUGCAAUUCUGCCGCUGGUGUACACAUUUUGGCACAAAUUUAUUCAAGUGGUUCGUUCAUCUGAUGCUGGAGAGCAAUGCAAGAUGUUGGAAAUAAGGGGAGGGUUGUGGAACUAUUGCUUAGAUCAUUGUAUAAGGCAAGUGAAUUUGAUGCUAAACAAGCUUCUGUUGACAAUUUGAAUUAAUAAAGAUGAAAUUUCUCUAAA